AUGGAUGGAGGAGGCAACGUCAAAGUUGUCGUCCGAGUGAGGGCGUUCCUCAAGAGAGAACUCGAGCGCCAAGCAAGAUGUCUCAUUGAGAUGGACCCCAUCACUCAGCUCACGACUCUAUUCGCACCCGACGACCAAGAUCCCGCUGCCGCCAAGCUCAAGACCCGAAAGGUGAUUGAGGACAAGAAGUUCACAUUCGACAACUCUUUCUGGAGUCACGACACAAACGACAAGCACUAUGCCACCCAGGAAGAUGUCUACAACAGCCUGGGUGAGGAUUUUCUCGAUCACAACUUUGAGGGCUACCACACAUGUAUUUUUGCCUACGGACAGACUGGGUCUGGAAAGAGUUACACCAUGAUGGGAACUCCCGAUCAUCCUGGACUUAUCCCUCGGACCUGCGAGGACCUUUUCGAGCGCAUCGACGCUGCUCACAGCGAAAACUCCAAUGUCGCCUACAACGUCCGAGUUUCGUACUUUGAGGUCUACAACGAGCACGUUCGCGAUCUUUUGGUCCCCGCUGUGCCCACUAAGGCACCCAACUAUCUCAAGAUCCGAGAGUCGCCCACCGACGGCCCAUACGUCAAGGAUCUCACUGAAGUGCCUGUGCGAAACAUCAACGAGAUUCUGCGUUACAUGAAAAUGGGCGAUGCCUCGCGUACGGUAGCAAGCACCAAGAUGAACGACACCAGUAGUCGAAGUCACGCUGUCUUUACAAUCAUGCUCAAGCAGAUUCACCACGACAUGGAGACUGAUGAGACGACGGAACGAAGCUCCCGUAUUCGACUGGUGGAUCUCGCUGGUAGUGAGCGUGCCAAGGCGACUGAGGCUACUGGUGCCCGACUUCGCGAGGGUAGCAACAUCAACAAGUCCCUUACGACUCUUGGACGAGUUAUUGCUGCUCUGGCAGACCCGAAGGCGCUCCGAGGCGGCAAGCGAAAGGAGGUGGUCCCAUACCGAGACUCUAUCCUCACAUGGCUUCUGAAGGAUUCGCUGGGCGGAAACUCGAAGACUGCCAUGAUUGCUUGUAUUGCUCCCUCAGACUAUGAAGAGACUCUCUCGACCCUCCGAUACGCCGAUCAAGCCAAGCGUAUCCGCACCAGGGCCGUGGUCAACCAGGACCAUAUGUCCUCAGCCGAAAGAGAUGCCCAGAUUGCCGCCAUGGCGGAAGAGAUUCGCGUUCUUCAGCUUUCCGUCUCGGACUCGAGACAACGAGAAAAGAACGCCAAGGAAGCCGAAGAGAGGCUGGAGGAGUAUCAGACCCGGGUUGCUACCAUGCAGCGUAUGAUGGAAGAGCGCAGCAUGGUGGCAGAGAGCAAGAUCAAGAAGCUCCAGACCGAAAACGAGGCUCUGAAGUUGCACCUGAAGUUGGCUAUCGAAAGCCUCAAAAACCCCAUUCCUGCUGUCGAAGUCAAGACGGACCGAGAGUUGGACGAGCAGGACAAGGAGAACGGAUCCGAUUACGACGAAGACGAUUAUGAUUCGGAGAGUACGGCGUACGGAGACGAGGAUGAGUUGCAGGAGGAGAUGCAGCGCUAUCUCCAGGACAUGGGCAACCUGAGGAAGCUGAUUGGAGGCGACCUGUCGAGGUUCAAGGACGAGGACAGCGCCAGAAUGCCACUGGGCUUGAGGGAGAACUUUUGA